ACUCUGGGUCCUAGUGCCUGCCUCUCCCUGGCAGUGUCCGGGGCUCUGCUGGUGAGAGGAGCUGUCGCUGACGCUGCGGAGCCAACCCAAGUCCGUUCAGAGGAGCUUUGUGCAUCGAGACCAUGGAGGUGGAGUCUGCGGAGGCCCGGUCCCCAGGUCCCGGCUACAAGCGAUCCGGCCGCCGCUACAAGUGCCUGUCUUGUACCAAGACAUUUCCAAAUGCGCCCAGGGCAGCGCGCCACGCUGCCACACAUGGGCCUGUAGACUGCACAGAGGAGGUGGCAGAGGUGAAGCUGAAGCCAGAGACAGAACCUAAAGCAGAGGAUGCCAGUGGGGACAAAGUGUCAGGUGCAGCGGCUAAGCCUCGGCCUUAUGCAUGCCCGCUGUGCCCCAAGGCCUACAAAACAGCUCCAGAGCUGCGCAGUCAUGGACGCAGCCACACAGGCGAAAAGCCCUUCCCUUGCCCCGAGUGUGGCCGCCGCUUCAUGCAGCCUGUGUGUCUGCGUGUGCACCUGGCCUCACACGCUGGUGAGCUGCCCUUCCGCUGCGCGCAUUGCCCCAAAGCCUAUGGCGCGCUCUCCAAGCUCAAGAUCCACCAGCGUGGUCACACGGGUGAGCGGCCCUAUACCUGCGCAGACUGUGGCAAGAGCUUUGCUGACCCUUCUGUUUUUCGCAAGCACCGGCGCACACAUGCUGGCCUGCGGCCCUAUGGCUGUGAGCGCUGUGGCAAGGCCUAUGCCGAGCUCAAGGACCUGCGCAACCAUGAGCGGUCCCACACUGGUGAGCGCCCCUUCCUCUGCUCAGAGUGCGGGAAAAGCUUCUCCCGUUCAUCCUCGCUCACGUGCCACCAGAGGAUCCAUGCCGCACAGAAGCCCUAUCGCUGCCCAGCCUGUGGCAAGGGCUUCACACAGCUCAGCUCCUACCAGAGCCAUGAGCGCACUCACUCUGGUGAAAAGCCCUUUCUGUGCCCCCGCUGCGGCCGCAUGUUCUCUGACCCCUCGAGCUUCCGGCGCCACCAACGGGCGCACGAGGGCGUGAAGCCUUACCGUUGUGAGAAGUGUGGCAAAGACUUCCGGCAGCCAGCGGAUCUGGCCAUGCACCGGAGGGUGCACACGGGCGACCGGCCGUUCAAGUGCCUGCAGUGUGACAAGACGUUCGUGGCUUCCUGGGACCUCAAACGCCACGCGUUGGUGCACUCAGGCCAGCGGCCCUUCCGUUGUGAGGAGUGUGGGCGAGCCUUCGCCGAGAGAGCCAGUCUCACUAAACACAGCCGGGUGCAUUCGGGUGAGCGCCCCUUCCAUUGUAACGCCUGCGGAAAAUCCUUUGUGGUAUCGUCAAGCCUGAGGAAGCACGAGCGGACCCACCGAAAUAGCGAGGCCACAGGGGCUCCCCCACAACAGGAGCUGGUAGUGGGGCUAGCUCUACCUGUCAGCAUGGCAGGCGAGGGCUCAGUGGCCCCAGCAGCAGGUGCAGGGCUAGCGGAUCCUCCAGCAGGGCUGCUAGGGCUGCCCCCGGAAUCGGGCGGUGUGAUGGCCACCCAGUGGCAAGUGGUAGGCAUGACGGUGGAGCAUGUGGAGUGCCAAGAUGCUGGGGUUGGGGAGGCUCCUUCUGGUCCCUUGGAGGGGACAGGCGAGGUGGGGGGUGAGGAGGUUGAUGAGAAGCCACCACAGUUUGUGUGCCGGGAGUGCAAGGAGACGUUCACCACUCUGACGUUGCUGCGACGGCAUGAGCGCUCACACCCAGAGCUCCGGCCCUUUCCCUGUACCCAGUGUGGCAAGAGCUUUUCAGACCGGGCUGGGCUACGCAAGCACAGCCGUACACACAGCUCUGUGCGCCCCUACACCUGCCCCCAUUGUCCCAAGGCCUUCUUGAGUGCCAGUGACCUACGCAAGCACGAACGCACCCACCCUGUGCCUAUCAGCACCCCCACACCCCUUGAGCCCCUUGUGGCUUUGCUAGGAAUGCCUGAAGAGGGGCCAGCCUGAGGGCCAUGCCCCUUUGAACUUCUAGCAGCUCAGCCCCCCAUAGGGUGCCUCCCAAACCUCCCUUGGCCCCAGCUUACUCUUUAGACUCCAGAUCCCUGCCCCCCCUCCCCCCACCCACCACUGGGUUGCCCAUUUACCUUCCCAACAAAAAGGUCUGGAGCAGUGGGGGCUGGCACCCACUGUUGAGAGACAUGGCUCUCUGAGUAACACUCAUUAAAGCAUUCGCUUUGACACUGGGUUGUCUUCUGUGUUGUGGCUGGGGGCAAGGGAGGGGGUGUGGGCAUCAGAUAAGUAAGGUUCAUUGGAGACCCCCUAGAUUGACAGAUUAGAAACUAGAAGGGUCUUUGGGUACUUUUUUGUUCUGCUUUAUUUUUUUAAAUUAUAUUUUGUUGAUUAUGCUAUUGGGUGCAUUUUUUUCAAGCUAUGUGUCCAAAUGUUUUGUGAUAGGGUUUCAUGAUCAAUUAAGUAGAGGAAAUUCCCUGUGCCUUUCUUGUGGAUUCUUGAUCAAAAGUGUAUUAAAUUCAUUUAUAAGUCCUGCAACAGACAAAUCUAUUUAGCUUUGUUUAUCCCAUACUUAUUUAAGUAUGGAGACUUUUUAUUGAGUAGUUCUACUUCUGUCCUUUUAUAGAGAAUAAACUGAGACCCAAAGUUAGUAUAUGACCUCCAAAAAACUGGAAUUAUCUUCUGGAGGGCAGGCCCCUUGUAGUACAGGCUUCCCCUGCUAGGUGAGUGUUCUAGGAACCCAUCUGUAUCAGUGUGCCAGUUGGUGGUGUUGUGAGAGGCUGCCUUCAGCAUCAGUGAAAUUGUUUUUGAAGACUCCUUCAACCCCUUUGCCCAUUUCAUGGUAGGUGAUUUGAGAGCACACCUUCCCACACACUACCCUCCCUAUUCACCUCAUUUCGCCCUAAGCAACUUUUUUUUGUUGUUUCCCCGGAUGAAAAAUGUCCUCAAAGGGAAACAUUUUGCUGACAUGGAAGAGGUGAAACAAAAAACAGCAUGAGCACUAAAAGGCAUCAAAAUCAACAUGUUCAAAAAUGUUUUGAGCAGUGGAAAAAAGGUCUCAAUAUGUGUAUUUCAUCAAAUGGAGAGCACUCUGAAGGUGACUGGAAUUUAAACAUGUACGAAUAAAUACAAUUUUUUAUUUAAAAAAUUGGGUUUUGGGGGGGUCCCCCUUAUAUUUCCUGUAUACUGCAGUAACAAAUUAGAAGAUAUACUUGAAAAGGGGGUCCCAUUCACAAUAACAAAACCCACAAACUACAAAAUGUAAACCUCACAAGAAAUAUGCAGAAUUUACAUGAAGAAAAUGAUCUCUCUAUCCUGAAGAAUAUAAGACCUAGCUAAAUGGAAAGACACUAUUAAAAGCUGUUGAUUCUCCCAGCUUCAUACUUAAAUUCAGUGCUACCCAUAAAGGAUUUUUUAACAGAACUUGAAAACCCAAAGUUCCUAUACAAUACAUUUUUUAAAAACAGUGGGGGCAAUGUACUUACAUACUGGGUAAUCAGACAACAAAGCACUAGAGGAAAAACAGGAUAUUUUGGCACAAAAAUAAAUUAAUCAGUGGAGUCGGGGAGAGGGUUCAGAAAGAGCCCCAACCACUUGAGGGAAGUUAGUUUGUGAUAAGUAUGGUUAUUCAAAUCAGUGGGAAAAGGAUGAGCUGUUAAGUAGCUUUACAGUUAUAUCUGUACUCUGAAAGAUUACACAUCUUUUUAAGUAAUUUUUUAAAGACCAAAAUGAAAAAAUAAAAAAGGCUCACAUUAGGUGUAAAUUAGUAUGGCCUCUUGGGAAGGUGAUUUGAUUAUAUUUAUCAAGAAAUGAAAUGGACAUACCCUUUGGCUCAGCAAAUAUACCUCAAAGAACCUACACCUCAUUUCUUCCCACUUAAAUGGUAAAAUUGAAGAUAAUAUUAAUACAGCAAAAUUUGUGAUACUGGGAACACCCUAAAUGUCAAUUAGCAAAGGACUACCAUUAGCCACUAUAAAAUACAUAAUGCAGCUAUUUCAAAAAUGAGGCAUACCAAUCUAUUGUUAAACAAUAUCCAAAAUAUAGGUCAAGUGAAAUAAAAGUCCAAAGCUGUGUGGUUAGUAUGCUCCUAUUUGGAACACAUUAUGCAUACGUACUCAAGUUAUUGAUAUUAAUAUAGAAUAUUUCUAGAAGGAUACUUAAGAACUGAUUCUGAACUAUAAAUUCCAGCCAUUAGGGUUUUCCCCAUUUAUAAGCCAAAACAAAGCCAAAGGUCAGAAUGGACCAGAUCCUCUUUUCCAUGCCUUUUUAUUUCUAGACUUGGGGGUUACCAAGUUAGCAGAUUCAGGACGUAAGUGUGUGGCCUAUCUCCAGACCCAUGUGCCAGUCAAGAGGGCCUUGCAGCAGCUGGCCCUACACCAGGACUGGUAUACCAGGCAGCACCAGGAGCAUGAGUAGUAGGAAUUCCCUUGAUGUCAGGGGCCUAACUCAGCAUUGUCAUGCCCAGGCUUUGGAACAGGCCCUCAUUCCUGUUCUCCAUAGCAGACAAGGGGGAGCAUGCAGCAACAGCAGGCACCAGGGUGUCAUGGCUACAGGAUGAGGGUACCUGUUUGGCCAAGGAUACUCACUACCCAUCCCCGUGCCUGCAGAGCAGGACAACACUGAUGUCAGGGCUCCUGCCUGUUCAGGCUAAGACCAAAGUCUGAAAGAAGGGGUCCAAGAAAGGAGCAGACCAAACUGGGGUUGCAACAGGGGGACUUUGGUUACUACUGACUUGAUUUGUGACCAUGAGCAAGAAAUUGAUACAGCCCUGGCUGGUGUAGCUCAGUGGAUUGAGUGCGGGUUUUGAACCAAAGGGUUAACCAGUUCAAUUCCCAGUCAGGGCACAUGCCUGGGUUGCAGACCAGGUACCCAGUGGGGGCCACAUGAGAGGCAACCACACACUGAUAUUUCUCUCCCUCUUUCUCCUUCCCUUCCCCCUCUCUAAAAAUAAGUAAAUAAAAUCUUUAAAAAAAGAAAUUGAUAUAAAGAUUCCAUAUACACUAAUCAACAGAUAUACUUGGGUAUUUACAAUGAAGGAAGAAGUGAGUCCUAUGGAUGUUCAGAAGGGAUCCACAACUCCUGCUCCCUUUCUGAGCCCAGCAACACACUCAUUCCUUCACCUUCUCUGACACUUCAGACAACCCUAACCCCAGAGGACUCAAACAAGUUGACUUCUUAAAAAAUUAACAGCUACAUUAAGACGUACUUUGUAUACCAUGUGCUUAAUACAUCUGAAGUGUACAAUUCGUUGGGUUUUAGAACACUCACAGGGUUAUGCAACCAUCACAAUCUAAUUUUAGAAUAUUUUCAUCUCCCUAAAAGAAAUUCCAUAGCCAUUAGCUGUCAACGCCUAUUGAUCUUCUCCUGCCCCCAAUGCCUUUUCCUCAGCCCUAGUCAACCAUUAAUCUUAUCUGUCUCUAAGGAUUUGUCUAUUGUGGACAUUUCAUGUAGCAGUCAUGCAAUAUCUAGUCUUUUGUUACUGGCUUCUUAAUAUUCUUACCAUAACAUUCUCAAGGUUUAUUCAUGUUGUAGAUUGAUUAGUAUGUCAUUCCUCUUUAUUAUCAAAUAAUAUUUCAUUUUAUGGGUAUACCACUUUUGUUUAUCCAUUUAUUAGUGAUGGGCAUUUGGGUUUCCAUUUUUGUCUAUUGUGAAUAAUGCUAUGAACAUUCAUGUACAAGUUUUUGUGUGGACAUGUUUUUCAAUUCUCUGUGUAUAUAUCUAGGAGUGGAAAUGCUGGGUCAUAGGUAACUAUUGUUUAACCAUUUCAGGAACUGUCAGACUGUUUUCUGAAGUGGCUGCACCAUUUUACAUUCCCGCCAACAGGGUAUGAUUGCUUGGAUUUCUCCACAUCUUCACCAAUGGUGUUGUUAUCUGUCUUUUUUAUUAUAGCCAUCCUAGUUGGUGUGAAUUUAUGGUUUUAAUUUGCAUUUCCCUGAUGACAAGUAAUAUUGAACAUCUUUUUGUGUGCUUAUUGGCUGUUGGUAUAUCAUCUUUGAGUAAAUGUCUAUUCAAGUCCUUUGCCUGUUUUUUGUGUUCUUUGACUUUUUGCUGUUGUAUAUUAAGAGUUUCAGAUACAAGUUCCUUAGGAUUUACAAGAGUUCUCUCCCAUUGUCUCUUCACUUUCUUCAUUGUGUCUUUUGAAGUGAAAAAAAUUUAAUUUUGAUGAUGUCCAAUUAUCU